CCGCACUGUAAUAUAUCAGGCGAUAGCACGCAGUCCCUGUGCAGAUGCGAGGAUGACGUGUGUUCCGUGGACGUCACCAACCAGCCCAGCCUCAACGACUGGAUCUUAGGAACACGAUAUAAACAUGUCCAGAACAGAUACGGAGGCCUGAGCCUGGGCGUGGAGGACCCCCGCUCCCCCACCAGCAGCCCCGGAGUCACGGUGUGGUACGACAACUCCGGCUAUCACGCCCUCCCCGCCUACCUCAACGCCCUCACGAACGCCCGCCUCAGCAGACUUCUCGGGGACCAGUACAAGGUCACCACCAUCAACAACCCGGUCAAGUUCUCCAAAUACGGCUUGAACAGCAUCUCACUGCAGCAGCACGUGGCGGACCUCGGAAUCGGCCUCCUGAUCCUGGUGGCGCUCACGGUGGUCUGCUCGAGCACCGCCGGCUACGUGGUGGGCGAGCGAGCCAGGGACGAGCGGCGAGUCUUCUUCGUCGCCGGCGUGUCGAGGAACACCUACUGGAUCGCCAACAUGAUCUGGGACGUCUCGGGUUGUGUAUACAGGUAUGUUGCUCAUACUCGUAUUCUUGGCCUUCUUAUGUGGAUUGUUCUUGCCAAUUUUCACAUAAAACGCCAUUUUGAUAGACAGUUUCAGAUAUAA